AGCGCUGCCAGUGGCUGCGGAGCCCUGCCGGUCCGGAGCGCCGCCGCCAUGCCGGGUGCCGCCGAGCGCGGCUCGGAGCUGUCGGAGCAGAUCGAGGCCUUCGUGGCGCGGCUGCGGGGCGGCGGGGAGCGGCCGCGCUCCGAGGACACGGCGCGGCAGACACUGUCGCUGCUGCGGAAGAUCAUCGCGCACGGGCGAUGGAGCCGGGCCGGGGAGCUCAUGGAUCUGAUCCGGACGGAGGGCCAGAGGAUGACGGCAGCCCAGCCAUCCGAGACGACCGUGGGCAACAUGGUGCGGCGAGUGCUGAAGGUCAUUCGGGAGGAGUAUGGCAGGCUUCACGGGCGCAGUGAGGAAAGCGACCAGCAAGAAUCCCUGCACAAACUCCUGACUUCUGGAGGACUGAGCGAGGAUUUCAGCACCCCUUAUCCUCCCCUCAGAGCUAAUGUUAUUGAAGCUAUUAAUGAACUGCUAAUAGAGCUAGAGGGCACCACUGAUAACAUUGCUAUGCAGGCGCUGGAGCACAUCCACUCCAAUGAGGUGAUCAUGACAAUUGGCUACUCGCGCACUGUUGAGGCCUUCCUGAAGGAAGCUGCCCGCAAGCGGAAAUUCCAGGUCAUCGUGGCAGAGUGUGCGCCAUUCUGCCAGGGUCAUGAAAUGGCUGUCCGACUGUCUAAAGAGAACAUUGAAACUACUGUCAUGAGUGAUGCAGCUAUUUUUGCUGUCAUGUCUCGAGUCAACAAGGUCAUCAUUGGUACAAAGACAAUCCUGGCCAAUGGCGCCCUGAUUGCUGUGAGUGGGACUCACACUCUGGCACUGGCAGCUAAACACCACUCCACUCCGCUCAUUGUGUGUGCCCCCAUGUUCAAGCUUUCACCGCAGGUAAGUACAGCAGCUCUUCAGGACUGCACCUGCUUUACAUAGAGAUGGGGGCUGAUUUUAUGCUUGUGGAAGUUUAGGGUGGAGAGCACCCUGUCUCCCCCAUCGAGCGUUGUUACUUCAGAUAGGAGAUCCUCACCCAAAUCUGUCACACCUCAGGAUCUCCUUGAAGCACCCUCCUCUGCCACAUGUGCUGAGUAAGCAGUGCAUUGGGUAUAAGGAUGUAGACCACUGCCUAUGAGAGACUGACAUCGCUAUACUUACUUUUCUUCAACCAUAGUGGAUUUCAAUUUAUAUUGUUGAAAGAUCCUGUAUACUGACAGAGGUAGAUGGAGAUGCUCUAAACUGUUUCUUACACUGAGCACUUUUUCAGUAUUGUCAGAUGAAGUUGCAGACUGAGGAAGUCACUCUGCUCCAGUUCCCUAGGCUUUGCAGAAGGGCAGCCAGGUUAUAGAAGAUUCUAAAAGCUCUGAGGAAAAACCUUACACCUGUAGAUGUUACAGAGGUUCUAGGCACAGGCACUAUGUAAUUAUUGUAAACAGAUGUAGUAUCACCUGGCAAGUCAUCUUCCUCUGCUUUAGUUCCUUCCAGCACCCAGGAUCUGUUUUCACUAGGCUAAUGAGGUAGUCUCUUUUUUUUUCCUGACCUUCCUGUA